GUUCAUCAAAAAUGUACGUCACCCAUCAGUAAGUUCGCCCGGGUCACGGUUCAGAAACCGUGCGUGAGCGUGACGGGACCCGUAAAUGGUUCAGAAAACAACGUAGGUGCUUGCAAAAAUAAUUAUUUUGCGCAAGCGCCUGCCGAGGUCACUGUUCGCAGGCGCAUGGCAUAUGCCUAUGGAGGAUGCAAUGUCCCACAGGCAGAAUAUUGUACGCAUAAAUGAGUUCGCUCACCAUGCGUUAUGCGUGAGGUCACGCAGGAUUUUGUUCGGUUCAUCAGCGCGGAGAACGCGUGACGAACCUUUGGUCGAAAAAGUACAGUAC